CUGUCCGCGGCUGCGCUCAGCUGACUCUGGGUUGACUCUCCGCAGAGGCUCGUUCACUGUUAGCCUUUAGCCUGUUAGCAUCAUGGCGAAUGUCGCGGAUACCAGGCUCUACGAUAUCCUUGGAGUUUCACCCUCGGUUUCGGAAAAUGAGCUGAAAAAGGCCUACCGAAAAUUAGCCAAAGAGUAUCAUCCGGACAAGAACCCUGAUGCUGGAGACAAGUUUAAAGAGAUAAGCUUUGCCUAUGAAGUACUGUCCAACCCUGAAAAGAAAGAGCUGUAUGACCGUUAUGGAGAGCAGGGUCUGCGGGAGGGAGGAGGCCCCGGGCCCGGCAUGGAUGACAUUUUCUCCCACAUCUUUGGGGGAGGGCUGUUUGGGUUCAUGGACGGAGGACGGAGGCGUAACGGCGGGCGAAGGCGGGGCGAGGACAUGGUGCACCCCCUGAAAGUUUCCUUGGAGGAUCUCUACAAUGGGAAAACCACAAAACUACAGCUCAGUAAGAAUGUGCUGUGUAGUGCGUGCAAUGGUCAAGGGGGUAAGGCUGGGGCUGUUCAGAAGUGUACUGCAUGUAGAGGACGAGGGAUGAGGGUCAUGAUCAGACAGCUGGCUCCUGGGAUGGUCCAACAGAUGCAGUCCGUGUGCACAGACUGUAACGGAGAAGGUGAGGUCAUUAAUGAGAAGGACCGCUGUAAGAAGUGCGAAGGGCACAAGGUCAGUAAGGAGACCAAGCUCCUGGAAGUGCACGUGGACAAAGGCAUGAAGCACGGCCAGAAAAUCACAUUCACUGGAGAGGCAGACCAAGCUCCAGGGGUAGAACCAGGAGACAUCGUCCUGGUGCUGCAGGAGAAGGAGCAUGAGGAUUUUAAGCGCGAUGGAAGUGACCUGCAUAUGGUGCAGCGCAUUGGUCUAGUGGAGGCUCUUUGUGGGUUCCAGAUGACCAUCACACAUUUAGAUGGACGACAGCUGCUUGUCAAAUAUCCAACUGGAAAAGUGAUUGAGCCAGGUUCUAUACGAGUGGUGAAAGGAGAGGGAAUGCCACAGUACAGAAACCCAUUUGAGAAGGGAGACCUCUACAUUAAGUUUGAUGUUCAAUUUCCUGAGAACAACUGGAUUAGCCCUGAAAAGCUCAAUGAACUGGAGUGCUUGCUGCCCGCCCGCUCUGAGACGCCGGUCAUCGCUCCUGAUGCAGAAGAAGUGGACCUGACAGAGUUUGACAAGAGUCAAGCCGGGGGUGGAGCCAGGAGGGAGGCUUAUAAUGAUAGUUCAGAUGAGGAAGGCGGCCACCAUGGGCCUGGGGUGCAGUGUGCACACCAGUAGAGACUCCUCUCAUAGAAACACACACAGAUGUUAGCAUAUACACAAACUCUGAGCUGACAGACCUGACAUGCAGACAUGCCCCAUUUCCUCUAAUAUCUGAGGGAAGUCUCUGAAUCCAUAAUCACCUCACAUCUCAUCAUGGUGCCCAUCACAUGUAAAAUGCUGGAACAAUGAUUCUUUUGUUUAUGGACAGCACUGCUCACAAAAACCACAAUCUGAAGGUGGUUCAUUAUCACUGGCUGAUCUUGACUUGGUCUGAUCCGUUUUCCUCAUAUAGGGCACACUAGAUUACAAUAACAUAGACCAGUGGCUAAGAUGUAAAGCUGUAGUUUACCAGCACAUGCUGCUUUCUGCACUGAUCUUGCACAUACACGUUGAAGUAUUGGAAGUAGUGGUGAUAAUGAAGUUCAGUUCAACAUGUUCCUAAUAUCAAUGUGCCCUGCCUUUGUUUAAGUAAAGCUGUCCCCAUAGCACACAGGGGCAUGUUUCAUAGGCUUCCUACGGGUGAAAUAUUUGGAGAAUGGUUUGUACAAGUUUAGUUCAGUCUACUCCACACACCUCCAUAGUGCACCUAUGGUGGGAUGUCUCUUAAGUUUAAACCCAGCUUUGAUCUUCAUAGAGUGAAUGUGGGGCUACAAAACUUGACCCUUUCUGUUGUAUACUCCUCAUGAUUGCUGAGGACUGGUGUACCUUGUAUGUGUGUGAUACAGGAGCCACAGUUGAAUGUUUGUUUAGCAUUAGUGUUUCUGCUUUAUGUUGGACUGCAGUGCGCUUGUACAUAACUAUACAGUCAUAUAAAAGAAGUGGAUUCUCAUUUGCUUCACUUUAGACCCCCUCCCCUCUCCUCUGGACUCUUAGAGCCCCUCUGUACAAACACUUCACACAUUUGUUCAGUCGUUUGCCAAAUGUCAUUGGGCCUGCUCAUUAAAUCUCCGUUAACUUGUAAAUACAUCCUUCUUAGGUGCAGUGGGCCUCUACAGCAGUGUCCUGUGUGUUAUGUAAGCAACAAGCAAACCCAAAUCAAUCUUAUAAGUAAAAAGGCGCUAUGUGGAGGGUCGACCCGCACCUUCAGGACUCACGGUGUAUGUAAUUUAGUCCACUGGGGUUUGACGUGUACACAACUAAGGGGAGCAGUGAUAAAUUAAUGUUAAUGCUUAUGUUUGUCCAGAUUAUUAAAAUGUAUAAGAAACCA